UGUGGAUGCUGCUGGCAGUCUGACUCGGGAUCAGAUCUCCUUCAUCACCACACACACAUUAACCCCUCGCGAUCUCACGUGGAUUAACUUUGCGUGUUUUUCAUCUCUGUUAUGGACUCUUGCGUUGUUUUGUCCGUGUUUAAACACCUCGCGCGCGUCUGUGGGACUCUUCUCAUGUUCAUAAUAUUCGGCUAGCUCUGAGGAGCGGCUAGCGGCUUUCUCCUCCACUUCGAGCCUUUAAACUCCGUCAAAAUGUCCGAUACGAAAGUCAAAGUGGCGGUUCGAGUUCGACCCAUGAACCGGAGAGAGAUUGAACUGAGCACAAAAUGUGUCGUUGAGAUGGAGGAAAACCAGACUGUUCUGCACCCGCCGCCCUCCAACGCCAAAGCAGAAAACAGAAAACAGCCAAAGGUGUUCGCCUUCGAUCACUGCUUCUGGUCCAUGGAUGAGUCCAACGUCCCCAAACAUGCCGGUCAGGAGGUUGUGUUCAAGUGCCUUGGGGAGGGAAUACUUGAAAAUGCAUUUCAAGGAUACAACGCCUGCAUUUUUGCCUAUGGACAAACAGGCUCUGGGAAAUCCUUCUCGAUGAUGGGGAGUGGCGACCAGCCGGGUCUGAUCCCGAGACUGUGCUGCUGUCUGUUUGAGAGAGUGUCCAGAGACCAGAGCGAAGGUCACUCCUUCAAGGUGGAGGUCUCGUUCAUGGAGAUCUACAACGAGAAAGUCAGAGAUCUGCUGGAUCCCAAAGGGAGCAGACAGUCACUGAAGGUACGAGAACAUAAAGUCUUGGGUCCGUACGUGGACGGUCUGUCUCAGCUGGCUGUGACAAGUUUCGAGGACAUUGAGUCUCUGAUGUCCGAGGGAAAUAAAUCUCGUACAGUAGCCGCUACAAACAUGAAUGAGGAGAGCAGUCGGUCACAUGGGGUCUUCAGUGUCAUCCUCACACAGACGCUGUAUGAUCUGCAGUCUGGGAACUCCGGUGAGAAGGUGAGUAAGAUCAGUCUGGUGGAUCUGGCCGGAAGUGAACGUGUGUCUAAGACCGGAGCUGCAGGAGAGAGACUGAAGGAGGGAAGCAACAUCAACAAGUCGCUGACCACACUGGGUUGUGUGAUCUCUGCUCUGGCCGAUCAGUCUGCAGGGAAGAGCAAAAACAAGUUUGUGCCGUACAGAGACUCUGUGUUGACGUGGCUGCUCAAGGACAAUCUCGGUGGCAACAGUAAAACAGCGAUGAUAGCCACCAUCAGCCCAGCCGCCGACAACUACGAAGAGACGCUGUCGACGCUGCGCUACGCCGACCGAGCAAAGAGAAUCGUCAACCACGCUGUGGUCAACGAAGAUCCCAACGCCCGCAUCAUCCGAGAACUCCGAGAGGAGGUGGAGAAACUGAGGGUGCAGCUCUCUCAGGCCGAGUCUCUUAAAGCUCCAGAGCUCAAAGAAAAACUACAGGAGUCAGAGAAACUCAUUCAGGAGAUGACGGUCACCUGGGAGGAGAAACUCAGAAAGACGGAGGAGAUCGCACAGGAGCGUCAGAAGCAGUUGGAGAGCAUGGGCAUCUCUCUGGAGUCUUCAGGAAUCAAGGUUGGAGAAGACAAGUGUUUCCUGGUCAAUCUAAACGCUGAUCCGGCUCUAAAUGAACUGCUGGUUUAUUAUCUGAAGGAUCACACGCGUGUGGGUGCGGACACGUCUCAGGACAUUCAGCUCUUUGGUAUCGGGAUUCAGUCUGAACAUUCGGUGAUUGAGAUCUCGUCUGACGGAGACAUCGCUCUCACACCAGUUAACAACGCCAGAACUUGUGUGAACGGCACAAUGAUCUACUCCAGAGUUCAUCUGUGGCACGGAGAUCGAAUCCUGUGGGGAAACAACCACUUCUUCAGGAUCAACCUGCCCAAACGCAAGAGACGCGAGCGUUUGAAGGAGAUGGAGAGAGACUCGCCCCGCGAGAGCUUCGUGGAGGUGGACGUGGAGACGGCCAGCGAGGCCUCCUCUGAGCAGGACUACAGCUAUGAGUUCGCUCAGAUGGAGGUCAUGAUGAAGACUCUGGGGAGCAACGACCCCAUGCAGAACGUGGUGCAGGUUCUGGAGAAACAGUAUCUGGAGGAGAAGCGUUUGGCUCUGGAGGAGCAGCGGCUCGUGUACGAGCGUGAGCUGAAUUCUCUGAGACAGCAGCUGUCACCAGAAAAGAUCACGCAGCACCAGCGCAGCGGCAGCGACCGUCUGCCUCUGCCCACACACAACACACACAACAGAGUUAGACUGUGGACGCACGAGAGGGACGAGUUGUUUCGUCAGAGUCUCUCUCGUCUCCGCGAGCAGGUGGUGAGAGCAAACGCUUUAGUGCGAGAGGCCAACUUUCUGUCGGACGAUAUGAAGAAACUCACCGACUAUCUGGUGACCCUCCAGAUACCUGCUGCCAACCUCAGCGCCAACCGCAAGCGUGGAGCGAUUGUGAGUGAACCUGCUAUCCAGGUGCGGCGUAAGGGGAAGGGAACACAAGUGUGGACCAUCGAGAAAUUAGAGAACAAGUUAGUGGACAUGAGAGAACACUACAGUGACUGGAGAGAGAACACACAGGAAGUGGUGAACAGACUGCUUAAUAAAUCAGGAGAUCCGUUCUAUGAAGCUCAGGAGAAUCAUAAUCUCAUCGGUGUAGCUAAUGUCUUCCUGGAGUGUCUCUUUCACGACAUCAAGCUUCAGUAUGCCGUUCCCAUCAUCAGCCAGCAGGGGGAGGUCGCAGGACGUCUGCACGUGGAGCUGCUGCGGGUGAGCGGAGCCGUACCUGAGCGUCCGGCGGCCGGAGACGAUUCAUCUGAGAACUCCAGCGAGAGCGGCGGCUGUGACAUCAUGGACAAUAAUGGAGAGAUUGUUCAUAUGGCCAAGAAGCUCACCUGCAGGGUGAGGAUCAGAGAGGCAACGGGUUUGCCUUUAAACCUGUCCAACUUUGUGUUCUGUCAAUAUAUGUUCUGGGAACAGCCAGAGCCCACUGUUGCCCCGCCCAUGGUCAGCCCGGACACGCCCUCUCCUCGGACCCCUGACUCUGAGUUCACCGUGCGCUUUGAUCACUGCAGGGAUUUUGUUUUUUAUGUGACGGAGGAGUUCCUGGAGUUUAUCUCCGAGGGCGCUCUGGCGAUAGAGGUGUGGGGUCAUCGGUUCGCAGGGAACGGACGCUCGCUGUGGGAACUGGACGCGCUGCAGGCCAAGACACAGUCGCUCAGAGACAGGUGGAAAGAAGUGUCUCGCAGUGUUGAAACAUGGGUCUCCGUACAGGAGCUGAACGAACAGGGCGAGUAUUCAUCUGUAGAGCUGCACCAGAAUAAAGACACCAGCACUGGAGGAGUGUUUCAACUGAGACAGGGUCACUCUCGAAGGCUUCAGGUGUCUGUGAAACCGGUUCAGUGUUCUGGAACUUUACCUCUGCUAGUGGAAGCGAUUCUCUCCGUCUCUAUUGGCUGCGUAUCGGCUCGAUCCACUAAACUUCAGAGACCACUGGACAGCUAUCAGAGAGAGGAAGAGGAAGAUUUUGAUAGUUAUCAGGAGGAAGACCUGAACUGUGUGCGGGAUCGCUGGUCCGAAGCACUCAUCAAACGCCGGGAAUAUCUGGAGGAACAGAUCAAGAAAAUCAUCAACAAAUCAGAGAAAUCUGAGGAAGAUGUGGAACGAGAAGCUCGACUGGUGGAGCAGUGGGUGGGUCUGACGGAGGAGAGGAACGCUGUACUGGUUCCAGCCCCUGGCAGUGGAAUACCUGGAGCACCUGCACACUGGGUUCCCCCUGAUGGUAUGGAAGAGCACAUACCUGUGCUGUUCCUGGACCUGAAUGCGGAUAAUCUGAGCGUGAACGGACAGCUGAUCGGACCUCACGCUGCCGGAGUUAACUCCAUCCUCCCCAAAGAACACGGCAGCGCUUUCUUCUACCUGCCCAUCAUCAGACACAGCCAUGAUGAGGUGUCUGCUGCGUGUUCGUGGGAUUCAUCCAUCCAUGACUCCGUCCAUCUGAACCGUGUCACGGCGCCCAGCGAACGCAUCUAUCUGAUCGUGAAGGUCACAGUGCAGCUCAGCCUCCCGGCCUCAAUGGAGCUGGUCCUGCGCAAGAGAAUCGCCGUCAACAUCUACAACAGACAGAGUUUCACUCAGAGUCUGAAGAGGAGGAUGUCUUUAAAGAACGUUCUGUACUCGUGUGGAGUCACGUAUGAGAUCGUCUCCAACAUACCGAAGGCGUCUGAGGAACCCGAGGAGCGUGAGACGCUGGCUUUGAUGGCGGCACGAGGAGACGGCGAGGAGACUUUGGAUGGUGAGACGUACAUCGAGAAAUACACCAGAGGAGUUCUGGAGGUGGAGAACAUUCUGUGUCUGGAGAGACUCAGACAGGCAGUCAGUGUGAAGGAAGCUCUCUCUGUUAAAAACAGACACAUUCGCAGAAGUCUCAGCACUCCAAACGUACAGCACAAAUCAGAUGUGACGGGAUGUGAAGAUGAUGAAGUGAAGGGUCACUGUGCCUUUCAUCCAGACGUCUGUCAAUCCAGCGUACAAGAGUCAUCGCUCAACAAUAACAACACGAAAGACACGCCUGUCAGAAGCAGAGAGAAUCAUGGGACGGUAACUGACAGUCCAACAAUCUUGAACUCCAGUCCAUUUAAAGUUCUGUCACCUCAGCCGCCCAAAUUCCUGAAAUCUCUCCUGCCAGUGAAAGAGGAGAGCAAAGCCAAACGCCCGCUGGAGUCACGACCGCUGCUGGGUCACGAGCGUGUUGCAUGGAAUGUGUCAAGUGUUGUGACAUCAUUACAGAGCAUGCGCUGGUUUGUGGAAAGCAACACGCUUGGCUUCACCGGCUCCUGGUCCAGACCCAGGGCACAGAGCGAGGGCCACGGCCCCAGUGACAUCAGCAGUGACAUCAUCAGCAUGAGAGCCAAUCACAGACAGCCCAGACUGAGCACAGAUCUCACUCACACACUGUCACACACUGCUGAUUCAGAGGAGGAGGAGUCUGAUUCAGCCGUUAGCGUCCGAGGCCCCGGCUCUCCACAGCUCCAGAACUUCAAGCCUUACGUCCCAGAGGAUUUUGCAAACUUUGAGGUGUACAAUGCCAGUCUGGAGACUCUGGAGGCCGGUGUGUGCGCGUCUGAGGAGAAAGAAGUGUCCCGGAGUCCGUCGGCCAGCACCUGCACCAGCGGUUACGUCUCUCAUAGUGCCUCCACCGCCACUCUAUCAGACGUGCUCUUCAGCGGCAGCGAGAGCUGCGAUCAGAUCACCACCAGAGACACCUCAGACCCUCAAGAACACACCAGAGGUCACGUGUUGUCAUUUUCGGUCCCCGCUCAGCGCUGUCCUCGUCGCAGAGACGGAUGCCUUAUGAGCGUCAGUCAGGAAUUCACAGACUUUAAAGGGGCAGACGAUGGCGAGGUAGGAAAUCUCGAUGGUUUUGAGACGGGCUCUGACACAACGUCCCAGAGUCAUCUCCACAAUGGAGAAGGAUCUCUGGAGCUGGGUUUGGAGGAUGCUGCAGACUCCAGCGAGGACGAGAACGCACCCGUGGUUCAGCUGCCCGACUGGAUGGCUCCCGGUGAGCAGGUGUGGGUGGGCGAGUGGAUUGGGACAGUGCAUUAUGUCGGUGGGGUGGAGUUUGCCAAAGGCAUCUGGGUUGGAGUGGAGCUGGAUCUCGCUGUGGGCAAACACAACGGUACCGUCCAGGGCAGGGUUUAUUUCCGCUGUGCUACGGGUCAUGGUGUGUUCGUGAGGCCGUCCCGUCUCACCAGGGGACCCCCGUCCAUAGACCCAAAACACUGACUUGAAUGCGAAGCACGUCAUUUCUGAUGCUUUAAUAACCACCAGCACAGCAACAGCCUGGACAUCAUCAUCCUCAUCCUUCUGUUCACAUCACUGCAUCUCAACCUUACACUUCAACAAUAUUUAAUGCCCCCCUCCACUCACAAUUUCUGCCCAAUAUAAUAUUCUAGAACAUGUGUGAACAUUAUGUACAGUACAGAACGUAACCCAACACUACACGUUUUUAUUUGUUCAUUUUAAGAUGGUUUUGUCUUUUGUGAUCCAGUCUGUGAAAUUCAGGCUAAAGUCUUUAAAAUCAGAUUUGAAGCAUCAUUCCACUAGUAUCUCAAUCUCAGUCAACAUAAAAGACAUCACAUUUAUAUUCUCUGUUCUUUACAUUGUGUGGAAUGAUUUUAUGUAAAAAACAGUAAAUCACAAAAAUGUCUUCGGGUCACAUUUUAAACCAUUUUAAGUCAUCUUGAGGCCCAUUAGUGCAGGGGUUUUAAAACUGGAAUUCCCCGGGACCCCCGCGGGUUUCUAGUAGAUUGCAGGGGUCCCCAGGAAUUUCUUGGAAAAAGAUCGAGCAGAAAUUGUAAAAGUCUACUGAACAUUUGUAUUCUUUUUUCCAGAAUUGUUUUUAUUUGUACCUUUAGUGAGUGUUUUUUCACUUUAGUUCCUUGCACUUUCCUUGAGUUGCUACAGUACAGAUGCAUUUAAUUAUCUAAAAAGUGUAGCAAACUAUUUAAGUUUGGAAAAAAAUGUCUUUAUAAUACACUAUUACUCUUAAUACAUAAAAUGAUUUAAAAAAAUAGUUUGAAAAGGGGGAUCCUCACAACAAAAUUAAGUUUGAAAAGAGGGCCCUCACUAAAGAAAUUAAGUUUGAAAGGGGGUCCUCACUAUAGGUUCAUCUUCUUUGGGUCUCCUUGGCAUCAUAGUUGAAAAAAAUCCUGCUUUAGGGGACACCGGACACGUGGUUGAGAAACACUGGGCUAUACAAUCUAUAUGUGUUGAUGUGUUGACUGAUUCACGUCGUCACGUGGCAAUAAAUUGCGUGUGUACAGGUUUAUCAGUCGUUGUGGGGACUGAAUCCAUGAAGAUGGGAAAUUGAUUCAUAAACAGACUAAACGAUGCAUUUUUUAUCAAGUCUAAAGGCAAAAACUUUGUGUAUAUAGAAUGCACAGUAUGUACAGUAUCAAAGUCAUGUCAAUGGAGAAUGUCCUCACAAUGAACAGAAACCUAACAUAUGUGUUAAUGUCAUCUUUGAAUGUUGCUGAGUUGCACAAAUGUUUUAUAUCACAUUUAUAUAGACUGAAAUACUAAUGUCGCGUAAACUUCCAUGUGGGUUUAUUUACCACUUCUUAUAGGACUAACUCUAUAGACUAAACUCUGUCUAACAUCAGAACGUACUACUGUUUGUUUGUGUGUUGAUAUCAGGUGCUACCAAAGACAGCCUUCUAAAUCUGUUGUGCAAGCUCCCGACGCUUCAAUCUUUUUGUGUAGUUGACUUUGUUUAUUCCUGCGUACUUUCAUAUUUGUUGAACAGAUUUCUGCUGAAACGUUAAGUGCCACAUCGCCAUCAGAGUCAUGGUGGAUUUCAGAGUUGAACAGCAGCUCUGUGUGGUGUUAUUGGUCCGUCAUGUACUGUAGAUGUGGAAGGACUGCUGUCUGAACGCUUGCACUGGAGGAACUCAAUCCUGAAUGCACAUUUGCGCUUUCUCAGACGCUUCUCUCGAGACAGACGCGCACCUUGUGUUCUUGAUCAAAUCCUUGACUGUCUCUAAACAGAGAGAAGAGGAAAUGGCCUGACGUACCGACACAACAUCUGUUUGUGUAUUUUACAUCUUAAUUGACUUCUAGGUUCACCCGCCUAAUACUGAAGCAUUUCAAUUCAUGUGUGUUUGUGUGUCUGUUUGACUGUUAGAUUUGUAUUGUUUGUGAUACUAAAGCCAAUCUAAAUAUGUUUUCUAUAGAUGGAAGGAGGAUUAUGGGCUAUAGGCUGAAUAAUGAAAGUGUGUGAGUUGUGGAAUAUAAACCCAAGACCUUAAAACAAAGCGAUGCUGCUCUCCUUAGCAAGGAGCUGUACAUAACAUGUAUGAACAUAGUAUUUACAAUGUUAUAAUGUACAGAACUGUAUUUAUAUUGUAUCUCUGCAAACUGUUGAUACAAAGAUGUUGUAGAAUACAGAGCGAUUACAAUUUAA